AUGACUGAAAUGAAGUCAAUUGUUGACUUUGGAGACUAUUUCCAGGAAAAGUAUUUUGAUAACUAUAUGAUUCGAUAUUUUCAAUAUAAUGUGAGGGAACCAAGUAAAAUAUUAUACAUGCUAAACAAUGAACAUCAAGAUGAGAAAGUUGAAGAAGUGUAUUGUUUAAGCAAGAAGAUUUGGCAGAACAUUGUGGAGUUCGACAAUCGGUCAAAUAAACGUCGAGCUCUGCGUGUUUCACAUUACAAAUUCUUAUUUGAAUCCAUUGAUCAACAAUUACUAUUAAUGAAUCGUAUUGCUGAAAGAGAGACUAAUUGGAUUAUAUACCCAUUAUUUGUAUUGGCCCGAGAACUUGUGAAAGUAACUUCCCAUGUGACUAAGAUUUUAAAAAUGUCCCCAUCCUAUAUUGAACGGUGUGCUCGUAGUGUUCAUCGUUCAUUUACUUUAUGUUUAAAUGAUAGAAACCCUAUAAAGGAUGAGAAUCGUCGUGGGGGCGUCUAUAUGUUUAUCAACUUAGAAUUCAAGCUAUAUCAUUGGCUUGAAAACAGAGAUAUGAUUAAGAACCUUGUGAAAGUUGUCAAAUCAAGACAAGAGGAUCGAUUUGAACCCUUAAUGCCGUGCGACCAAUCAUUAUGUUCUAAAUAUAAUGGUCAGGAAGUGACGUACAAUUAUUAUAUGGGACAAUAUUAUGGUUGUAUAGAGAAUGAUUAUGAAAGUGCCUUCACAUAUUUGAAUCAAGCAUUAUUUGGUUGUGAUACAACAUAUUUAAAACAAAUGAAUCAAAUCCUUAUAUUAUUGAUACCCUUUGGACUUCUUUCACAUCGAAUAUUUGUUGGUAAUCAAUUACUGUUGCAGAUACAAAAUGAACAUUUAAAGAGAGAUAAAGAUAAGAAAGAAAGUCAUGGAACUCACCAAUGGAUGUGUCAAAAAUAUUAUCAUUCCGUUAUUAAAUGUUUUCAGACUGGGAAUUUAAAGAAAUUUGACAAUAUUCUUUUCAAUAGAGAAUAUGAAAUAUUUUUUUUAAAGAAUGGUGUUUAUGUUGCUAUGCAAUUAUUAAGAGAGCGUGUAUUGUUACGAUUAGUCGAACAAAUUUAUGAAAUGAAUGAUAAGACAAGUAUAUUACCCUUUGAAUUGAUCUUAGUCGGAAUGAAAGUUCAACCAAGUGAUGACAUGGAAUCAAUGAAUGAAUUAGAAUGUGAAUUAGCAUGUUUAAUUAGUAAAAAAUUAAUCAAAGGGUAUUUAUCACAUGGCAAUAAAUGUAUGGUUGUUAGUAGGACUAAUCCAUUCCCUAAACAUACAUUAACAUCCUUAAAAUAG